AUGGAGCUCCGGGCGCCGCCGCCGCUGUUGCUGCUGCUGCUGCUGCUGGGGGCCCGCCUCCUGCCCGCCAGCGGCCGCGUGGAGACCCGGGCCCACGCAGAGGAGCGGCUGCUGAAGAAGCUCUUCGACGGCUACAACAAGUGGUCCCGGCCAGUGGCCAACAUCUCAGACGUGGUCCUCGUCCACUUCGGCCUGUCCAUCGCACAGCUCAUUGACGUGGACGAGAAGAACCAGAUGAUGACUACAAACGUGUGGGUGAAGCAGGAGUGGCAUGAUCACAAGCUGCGCUGGGACCCGGCUGACUACGAGAACGUCACCUCCAUCCGCAUCCCCUCCGAGCUCAUCUGGCGGCCGGACAUCGUCCUCUACAACAAUGCCGAUGGAGACUUCGCGGUGACCCACCUGACCAAGGCCCACCUGUUCCACGACGGGCGGGUGCAGUGGACGCCCCCGGCCAUCUACAAGAGCUCCUGCAGCAUCGACGUCACUUUCUUCCCCUUCGACCAGCAGAACUGCACCAUGAAGUUCGGCUCCUGGACCUACGACAAGGCCAAGAUCGACCUGGUGCGCAUGGACAGCCGUGUGGACCAGCUGGACCUGUGGGAGAGCGGUGAGUGGGUGAUCGUGGACGCUGUGGGCACCUACAACACGCGCAAGUACGAGUGCUGCGCGGAGGUGUACCCCGACAUCACCUACGCCUUCGUCAUCCGCCGGCUGCCGCUCUUCUACACCGUCAACCUGCUGGUGCCCUGCCUGCUCAUCUCCUGCCUCACCGUGCUGGUCUUCUACCUGCCGUCCGAGUGCGGCGAGAAGAUCACGCUCUGCAUCUCCGUGCUGCUCUCGCUCACCGUCUUCCUGCUGCUCAUCACCGAGAUCAUCCCGUCCACCUCGCUGGUCGUCCCGCUCAUCGGCGAGUACCUGCUCUUCACCAUGGUCUUCGUCACCCUCUCCAUCGUCAUCACCGUGUUCGUGCUCAACGUGCACCACCGCUCGCCGCGCACGCACGCCAUGCCCGCCUGGGUGCGCCGGGUCUUCCUGGACCUCGUGCCGCGCCUGCUCUGCAUGAAGCGGCCGUCCACGGUCAAGGACCACUGCCGCCGGCUCAUCGAGUCCAUGCACAAGAUGGCCGGCGCCCCGGGCUUCUGGCCCGAGCCUGCAGGGCCGCCCGGCCGGGGCCCCGCCCCAGCCCCGUCCUUCUACACGGCCCCCGCACCCCCGGCGGAGCCCCGGCCUGCUUGCCCGUCGCCCUCUGACAAGGUCCCCCUUCAGCGGCCCCCGGAGUUGGGGAAGCCCAGCCCCUGCCCCUCGCCUGGCCCCACCCCGGCCCCAGGCCCUGCCAGAGCCAGGUCCCUCAGUGUCCAGCACGCACCCCGCCCCAGCGAGGGGGCAGAGGGCGGCCUGCGGUGCCGGUCCCGGAGCAUCCAGUGCUGUGUUCCCGGGGACAAAGCUGCCUCGCAGGCGGCCGGCUCCCCUGGCUCCCCUGCCUCCCCUGCCUCCCCAAAGGGCCUGCCGGCUGCACUCCCGUCCCCAGCCCCGCCCUCCCCGUGCACCUGCACCUGCACCUGCAGGAGGGAGCCGCCUCAGGUGCCCCCCAGCACCUCGCUCAAGGCCCCGCCCCCGCCCCUGCUGCUGUCCCCGGCCCUGGCGCGGGCUGUCGAGGGCGUCCAGUACAUCGCUGGCCAGCUGCGGGCGGAAGACGCGGAUUUCUCGGUGAAGGAAGACUGGAAGUACGUGGCCAUGGUCGUCGACCGCAUCUUCCUCUGGGUGUUCGUGGUCGUCUGCCUGCUGGGCACCGUGGGGCUCUUCCUGCCACCCUGGCUGGCCGGCAUGAUCUAG